AUGCGCCCCGAGCCGGGGUACCUUUCAGUGGGGGUGAGCCCCAGGUGCCACCCCUCGAGGCCUCCGAUCCCGGAGGAACACGAAGUCAACCACCUGCACGCAGAGGCGGUGAAGAAGCGGAAAGACGCAGCAGAGGCGGCUGCCGACAAUAAGAGGAAGAGAAAAGAAAAGCACGACAAAGCAUGCGAAAUCGCACACGCGGAGGGGAAGCCGCGGCCUGCUAUGCCCGAGUCCACGGAUGAGGAGGAGGACACCUCGGAUGUCGAGGUCAACCUCCCGGGUGAUGACGAGGCGGCGACAGGCGCGGAUUCUCCGCCGGUCUAUCAAGGGGCUGGCGACGAGGAUGCGCCAGUGACGCUGCGUGAGGCGAGGCCCACACCGGGAUUGUUGGUGGACCCGCCCCUCGCGGGGACGGAGCGGAGGUCGCCCAUGCCAGCGGCGGGACGAAGUUCACCCACGCCGGCAGUGGGCGGAACAUCGUCUAUGCCCGUGACAGAGCGGAGGUCGCCUCUGCCGACGAUGGGUGAGGGGAUCCCUGCGCCCGCGAUGUCGACAGGUGGCGACGGGUCCGCUGCGAGCGCGGAGACGCCCGCGCAGAUGGCCUCGAGGCUCCAGGCCGAUCCGAGAAUGACACCCUCGGAUCAGUCAUCGAGGGGCGUCAGUGUGCCGCGGGCCCGAAGGAGUGGCACGGGCAAACGCAGUAUGAGCGCCCGGUCUGGGUAA